AUGGCGGGUGUCGCAGCAGCCUAUUCUUCGGAUGCUUUAGCAUCGCCAACCGUGGAUGGCUCGCAAUGGGAAUUCGCGGUCCCACUGGGCCACGAGGAGAGCCGACAUGCCAGGCCACGGAACUCCCAGGACUCGAACUCCGUCCGGGCAAAAUCUUCUCGAAAGCGUCACUCGAACGGCUCCCGCAGCUCCUCCGUCUCCCGCGCUGUCCACGCCCACGACUCGCCCUAUCUGACCUCUAAUCGAGGCCGCAGGGACCCAAGCCUCAAUCGACGUGGCAGCGAAGUAGGCAGUAUGCGAGACGCUUAUGGAUACGACGGUAGCCGUAGAGAGCCCGAGGAAGGAAAGGACGGCCUGAAUUUGAUCCUGGAUGGAACUACGAGCCAGGAACAAUGGAUCCACCGAGACAAGCUGGCGAAAAUCGAGAGCGAGGAGCUCCACCAAGCUGCCAUCCUAUUCCAGCGACGCAUGAGGGGGGAAAGCAAAUCGAGCGGUCGAGAAAGGAGCUUGGAUUCCCAAGGCGCCGCGAAUGGCACCGGUCCAACCUCGCCAACAGAGUACUCUGAGCCUUGGCCGGAGUUGCGAGAAGAAUCCCGCCGAGGUGUAAAUGGAACCACCGACCGACAACAUUGGGAUCUUCGCCGACCGGAGGAAAUUGCGGCGGACGACGCAGCUGCCAGUCUUUACAGCCACCCAAGCCAAGGAAAAAGCGCAUCACGGAUACCCAUUUCUACAGCCAGCCCAGUCCCACUUGCUGGCACAGGUCGUGAUUCCCGUGGUCCUCGUAGCCGGGCAGCAACAGAUGAGGAUGACCGAUCUUCACGUGGCCGUAGAGCAAGUGAACCGAUCAACAUUGAUCAAGACGGUUCAACUCCCCCUUCAUCUAGCCGACCCGGCAGCCGUGGCUUCACCACCACCCAGAAUACCCCAGCGAAGAAGAAGCCCGCCGGCUCCACGAACCGCAAGACCUCUGCUCCCCCGACCAACCGCAAGACUAGUGCCCCUCGAUCUCGUGCCGUAUCCGGAAAUGCACGACCAACGACCCGUGGCAACGAGACUCGCCCUACCACUGCGGCCAACCGACCCGAGGGAGAUCCACCUUGGCUGGCAACAAUGUACAAACCCGAUCCUCGCCUCCCACCGGACCAGCAGAUGCUUCCCACCCUUGCCAAGAAGAUGCAGCAAGAGCAGUGGGAGAAAGAAGGCCGCACCCCAAAUACAUACGACCGCAACUUCGCGCCUCUUGCUGUGCAUCCAUUUGAUGCACCUCCCGUUCCCUCAAAGACAUCCUCGGACCCGGUGCCUGAACCUGAACCUGAACCUCAACCUCAAUCCCAACAGCCUGUCGACUGUAUCCAACUGGAUGACAUGCGCCAACCCGCGAAGAGUCCAGAGCCACCCCGUCCAAACACCAGCACAGGUUACAGCACUAUGCCCAAGGUGCAAGAUACACCUCCAAUGGGACUCACACCCAACCCGAACCCCAACUGGACUCCACCUGUCGUCACUGCGCGCGAACAACCCAAGAAAGAGAAGAGCUGUGGAUGCUGCAUUGUGAUGUGA